CGGACCUGGAUACGUGAAGACAAAUUGUCAAAAUAAUGACAAUGAAUUAUUUGGAUUUGAAUAUCGAUAAAUUGUUCGAAGAUUUCACGAUCAAAGAAAUCGAGGGGAUCCAGAAAAGAAUUCAGCAUGAGAGUGACAGAAAGAAAAUUGAGCUUAGGACCCUUGUUGGAGAAAGGUAUCGUGAUUUAAUACUAGCUGCUGACACAAUUGGAAACAUGAAAAUAACUUCUGAGCGUGUUAUUUCAAGAAUUGUUAACAUUGAGGAUACAUUCAGAGAACUGCAGAAGAAGUAUCUUAUUGGUUUCAAAAUAGAACCAAUUGAGAAUGAGAAUGAUAGAAAUGUGGAAGGAAUCCAAGAUUCAAUUAUUAUUCAAAUAAAAAUAUUAAUGGAUAUACCUCAAUAUAUUUGGUCCAACAUUGAGAAUAAAAAUCUAUUAUUUGCCACACAAUUGUAUUUAGUGGCACAGCAUAUAAAUUACAGUUUAUUAUUUGAAGUAGGAAGCACAGAUUUGUUGAACAAGUAUCCAAUUGUCUCUAAACAGUGGGAUGUUAUUAAUCAGUUCAAAACUAUUAUAACUACUGAAUGCAAUUACAUAUUACAGUCAUUGGAUGUACAACCAGAGAGCAUAGCGAAUUGCUUAGCUGCACUUGUAUUGUUGAAUAGGACAUCUUUCUCUGACUUGUUAGAGAUGCUGUUAUCUAUGCGUAAUCGUGCUAUUAAGUCCAUUAUUACAGAUGAAAAUGAUAGUAGUGUUAAGAAUAAAAUCAAGUUGUGUAUAGACACAUUAAUCCAAACAAUCAAUUUAAUUUACUCUUGUUUUAUAAAUACAGAGAAGAAAUCAGGAGGUCUUGUCCUGCAGUACAUAGCAAAAAUUCAAGAUCAAGAAGCUUAUUCGUUAUUCUGUGAAUUGGACGUGAAUCAAGAAUUGUUGAAAGAGUUUCUUCCUUCCGUUACAAAACAUCACAAACUAUUUAUUCAGGAUACUCCAGAAAGCUUUCUUUUACCAGAUCUUCAAAAGAGUAUUAAAUCCUGGCUGCAAUGGGUUGCUGAGUUUUGCAAUCACGAAGUGACAAAGCUAUUGGAUCUGAUAAUAUCCAUAAAAGGUUUAUAUUAUGUCCGUGAAGAAACUGUUAGUAUUAAUCUGCCUGAGAAUUGGAAUUUCAUUUGGGAAGAACUUCAUCUCCCUAGGAUAACUUUCUGGGUGGAAUUUUUUCAACCUAUCAUAUCUCAAAGAGUGAAAAAUAUCAUAAGUGAUAAAUGGAUAGAAACUGUAACCACAUUAAAAUCAGAUAUAACAGAAUUACUCACUAAAAUAAGUAACGAGAAAUUCGAGUAUCCAGAACACGAUUUGCGAUGGUUCGUUUGGAAAGAUUCUCCUAGUGAUAUUCCUCAGAAGCUUACCAAAAACGGGGGACUCGACAACAAGAGAUCCCUAUUGAUGAAAACGAAGGGAUACUCACCCAAUAUUCUCACUUUAUGCGACAGUUUUGAUACAGGUUUACAGGCUCUUCUUUCGGAUCUUGAACAAUAUUUGUAUGAGACGGAACGCGUGAUGUCCAUUAAAGACAACCUAUUAUCCACAAAUAUAUCAUUAAUUUCCGAUACGUUCUCUGAUCGUAAAGAAGUUCAGGAACAUUUGCAAAAAAUCAGUUCUACCAUGAUACAGGAUAUCAUUAAUUUCGUAAAAACUAUGUGCGUAAAUGAGCGAGCUGAAUACGGUCAGCAGGACAUAAAUGCAGUCGUAAUGGCACGGUUUCUCUUAGCGCUGACAACUCUCAGCUCAAAUUUAAACAAAUGUUUCACACUUUCAAAGGUGUCUGGAUUAACUAUCACUAAUGUCAAAUGGCAGUCGAUCUGUGACAAACUGAAAGAAGAGAGUACAUUCGUAUGGUCCAUUUGGGCCAGUACAUAUAAAACGAAAAUAAAUGAACACAGAGAUAAAUACAUAUCCAAAGAACCACUAGAUGGUUAUCGAAUACAUGUAGUGGUUUCCGAAUGGGAGAAGGUAACUAUCGAUGAAGACUCUGGAGAAGGUAAAAGGAUAAAGUCAGAAAUCUUAGUGCCAUAUCAGCCAUCCAUACAAUUGCAGAAGUUCUUAACUGCAAUUAAUAAAGAUUUGAAUAAAAUUAUACCGCAUACUGUUCCAAAGAAGGUGCUCCAUGAAAUCAUAGAAAACAUCGCUGUAGAGCUAUUAAGCUACUACGUUUUUAUAUCGAGUUCAGUAAAUCUUUCUCAAAAACAAGCCUUUCAAGUUUUAUUCGAUAUUAGAUACUCUACUUUGUUAAUGGUGCCACGAGAAAAUAAGAAUUUGUCUGACUUAUCGACGCGGGCGUGCGAUAAUGUACUGUCCAAAAUCGAUCCUUUCGACUAUGAUGUCUUCAAUCCAUUUAUUCAGACUAAUGUGAAGAAAAGCAUUCAGAGAUCUUUGCUUUUACUUGGAAAUUUGGUGCCUCAUUUAGAACAACUUCAUUCAAUUCUGGGUGCACGAAGCGAAUAUAGUACUACCGAAGGUGUAAAAUCAGAUAUACCCUCGGUACUGGCACUUUGUGCCGGUGCACCAUGGUUCCCGCCUUUGACUGUUACAGCUCCAGCCAGAAGUUUACCGCUAGUGUCAGUAACGUUACCAGAGAAACCACAGCGAAAAAAAGUUACGGGUAAGGAAAACACAAAAAGCGACUCCGCAGGUGCAACUAUAAAAUCCGGAGCAGCGGCGUUUUUUGGAGCAAUGGGCUCCGACUGGUUUAGUAGUAGCUAAUUUAUUUAUUUUAUUUAUUCCCUAUAAGCU